AAACAUUUGAUCCAGCUGGAAUUCCUUUUUCAGGGGUGGGGGAUAAGAAGUAAGAAAGAGAUCUAGUUUUAUUUCUUUUUCCCAAAGGACUCCCCUAGUCUGAUUUUCUAACUGGUUCUAUGCAGGAAAACCACAGAGGUGAAUGUAUAGCUGGACAUCUUGCUGAAGUCAUUAUCUUAAUAGCCUUUCAGAUGAUAAAAGUAACCAUCUGUAGCAAAUCCACCUCCUCCCUUUAAUUAUUUACUUCUUGCUCUUUAUUAGAAAUAUCAUUUAUUGCCUCCUCUUCCUCUUUAUUAGAAAUGUCAUUUAUUGCCUCCUCCAUACCCAUGUUUGUUUUACACCACCUUCUGCGGUCAAGGCCCAGAGCAGUGAAUCAACACCACACCAUCGACCAUUGACUGUGCUUCUGUUCGUUUCUCCUGGCGUGUCUGAGACUCUGGGGGAAUGUUACUCAGAAAACAGACAUUCGUUACUUUUUUAACUCCACCAUGGAGUGCAGUCCCUAUCAAUGUGAAAUGACUCGGGCUCUUCAUUUAUACUUUUGGCAUCAAAUCCCAUAUUGAGAGCUCUUUGUUCCCUCCCUCCCUCCUUCCCUCCCUCCCUCCAACUCUUUGCAUUUCUCUGGAAGACCUUUGCCCCAGAGUUUCCUCUCAACUUGUCAACGCCCCUUUAAGAUGUAUUUCAACAACUAAUCCUGUUUGGUUUUGGUGUUUGAUCAAAUCCCGGUUGGGGCAAGACCUGAGUUUCUGAGUCCGGACAUUCACAAUGAAGGAGAUAAAUGUUAGUUUUCGCUACCAUAGCCAGUCUAACAGAUCCUUCAACAUCGGUGUUUGUGCACUUGGCCACUGUUUUCCUGUAUAGAAAGCAAGUAGCUUAAACAAGAUGGAAGCUUGUUUACAAUGUAAACAACACUGGACAAACAAAAUCGUUCAGUGGCAGGCAGAACAGGGCCGGUACUGCAGCUCCGUGCCACAAAGCCUUGAGGACUAACCUCCCUCAAGACCCCACACCAUCCCUCUUAGUGCAAAAUGGCUGCCGGAGCUCUGGGCAUCACAUCUGAAUUCCAGACCGCAGGAUGGAGAAAGAGCAGAAAGGCCGAUCUGGGCAGUGGCAGCUUCAGCGCAGGGCGGACUGUCACCAUGGCCCUCCUGACGCACCUUCUGGUCUGCACCUUCGGGCUGGGUUCCUGGGUAGCCAUCAAUGGGCUCUGGGUAGAGCUCCCCCUGCUGGUGACGGAGCUGCCCGAGGGUUGGUACCUCCCCUCCUACCUCACGGUGGUCAUCCAGCUGGCCAACAUCGGCCCCCUCCUGGUCACCCUGCUCCAUCACUUUCAGCCUGGCUGCCUUUUGGAGGUGCCCAUCAUCUUCACCGUGCUGGGCGUGGGCACCGUCGCCUGCACCCUCUUCGCCUUCCUCUGGAAUGUCACCUCCUGGGUGCUGGACGGCCACCACAGCGUCGCCUUCAUGGUCCUCACCUUCUUCCUGGCCCUGGUAGACUGCACCUCCUCUGUCACCUUCCUGCCCUUCAUGAGCCGGCUGCCCGCCCACUACCUCACCACCUUCUUUGUGGGCGAAGGACUCAGCGGCCUCCUGCCUGCCCUUGUGGCUCUGGUCCAGGGCUCGGGUCUCACUACCUGUGUCAAUGUCACUGAGCCCUCAGACACCACCCCAAGCGCCCAGACCACCAGGAGCAUCGUCUUCCCACAGGCUUCUAACAGCACUUUCGUGCCUGACCUUCCCGGGCCGGCGCAUUCCGCGGUUCAUCUGGAAAGUCGCAACCUCCCGGCCAAAUUCUCUCCCUUGGUCUUCUUCCUCCUCCUCUCCUUCAUGAUGGCCUGCUGCCUGGUCGCUUUCUUUCUCCUCCAGCGUCAGCCCAGACCCAGGGAAUCUUCCAUAGAGGACCUCCUCACCUCCCAGGUCACUCUCCACUCCAUCCGGCCACGGGAAGGGGAGGACCUGGGCCCCCCCAGCCCAAGGGGCAGCGGCAAGGCGCAGGAGCAUCCAGAGGAGAAGACGGGCCCCCGCCACGCAGCCUCCCUGAUCUGCAUCUACACCCUGGUGGCCUUCAUAAACGCGCUCACCAACGGCGUCCUGCCCUCCGUGCAGACUUACUCCUGCCUGUCCUACGGGCCCGUCGCCUACCACCUGUCCGCCACCUUCAGCUCCAUGGCCAACCCCCUCGCCUGCUUCCUCUCCAUGUUCCUGCCUCAAAGGUCUCUGCCAUUCCUGGGGGUCCUCACGGUGCUGGGAACCGGCUUCGGGGCCUACAACAUGGCCAUGGCCGUGAUGAGCCCCUGCCCCCUCAUGCAGGGCCACUGGGGUGGAGAAGUCCUCAUUGUGGCCUCCUGGGUGCUGUUCGUCGGCUGUCUGAGCUACGUCAAGGUGAUGCUGGGCGUGAUCCUGCGCGACCGCAGCCGCAGCGCCCUCUUGUGGUGCGGGGCGGCGGUGCAGCUGGGCUCCCUCCUGGGCGCCGUGCUCAUGUUCCCGCUGGUCAACGUGUUCAGGCUCUUCUCAUCCGCGGACUUCUGCAGCCUGCAGUGCUCCACCUAGGACACGCGGCGUGGUCCGUCACAUGACCCUGAGCCACUCCCAUUACUAACACCGGAAACUUGGGCAAGGCACGCACCCCAGGCCGCAGGGCAGGUGGCGGGGAGCUGGGAGGCGGAGCCUGAGUCUCUACGCAUCCGCACAAACUCCGCUCCGGAACGGGGUGGGGGGCGGGAAGAAAGCCACGGGGCCUCCCACGGGACCGGGACGUGCAAAGAGCAGCCCUGCCCCCAGCGCCGUGUCGCAGCGCCUGCAGUUCCCUCGCAGGACUUCCGUGGACCCUUGAGAGGCCGCGGAUUUGCAGCACCCGGCCGGAGGCAGGCGCAAGGGUGUCAGAAGGGGAAUGCGGAGAGGGUGAGCUAGCCCUGGCAAGCUGUGUGACCUUGGGGGAGUCGCUUAUUUCUCUGUGCCUCAGUUUCCUAAAAUGGGGAUUAUGAUAAAUAGCACCUACCUCACUGGCUUAGCACAGGAAUAAAGGGGAGAAGCAGCCCGCGUGGGCCAUUUCCUGAUCUGAUGUCUGAUGAGAGGGACAGCAACAGGACCCCGAAGUGGCCAGGGGAGGGGGGCUGAGAGAGGACCCCUGCCCCGCAUUCUUUUUUCCUACUGUUGUCACAGAAGAGCUUGUAAAGGACCGUUGGCUCAUGGCAGAAUCUUGGGCAUCUUCACACCCCCCGUUCCCAACAUGCAUGGACAUUGUACCCCACUCAGCCCUUCCCAUCACCCCUCCUCACUCAAGAGGUCCUUCUCCUUAGAAAGCAAGUGACCUGCUAGGUGGCAGAGAUGAUGGGGACGCAUGGAGGGCUACACCCAAGUGAGUCCCCUCCCCUCCCCCACUCACUAAGGAUGAGACUGGACCCUGCGAACCCUGGGAAUCAGUUCUCUCGGCUGGGGAGGGGGGCACCAGCUACCCGAUGGUUAUUGUGUUUUCUUUUUCCUUUUUUCAGAUAGAAAUCCCCUGCUUUUCCACUAAGAUCAGGGCUCUAAAAUCAAUAUAAUCAGUUUUCAGUUCUAAGGUCAAGGCUAAGCUUAGAAAUGAACCAGAAUCAAAGGCUUAGAGAAUGUCCGGUCCUGGGACUUCUUUCCUCUAGUGGUUUGCUUGCUGGCCACCGGCCCUCCUUUGAAUUUAUUUUGAAUAGAUAAUAUAGUCGUGUGUUUCAAAAAUCAGAAAAUAUAAAAUGAUGUUCAGCAAAAAAUUCCAUCUCUCCUCUCCUUCAUCUGGCUCAGCUGCUCUCAAUGCACACGCACUUUGAUUACUUUCUUGUUCAGUCUUGCAGAGAUUAUGCAAAUACAAAUAGGGUCUUUUUACAGAAAAAGUACUAAACUGCUGUGUAUCUUGUACUUCACUCAACAAUGAAGAUGGAGGGGUGCCUGGGUGGCCCAGUCAGUUAAGCGUCCGACUUUGGCUCAGGUCAUA